AUGCCCAACACUAAGACGGUCCACGUCCCCCACCUGGGCGGCAUCGAUGCCGCGUACCAGAUGCCUCACCCCUACGACGCGUCCAAGCCGACGUUGAUCCUGGUGAACAGCUUCACCACGUCGUCUGAGCUCUACCGGCAGCAGUACGCGAACAAAGCCCUUACGGACAAGAUGAACCUUGUGGCCAUCGAGCUGCUCGGCCACGGGCAGACACGCACCAAGUCGGAGAACUUUACUUACUGGGACACGGCAAUUAUGAACAUCCAGGUCAUGGAGGCACUGGGCAUCAAGAAGGCUUUCGUCCUCGGCACCAGCCAGGGCGGGUGGAUCACGGUGCGAAUGGCGCUGUUGGCCCCUGACAAGAUCCAAGGCAUCAUCCCCCUCGGCACCUCGCUGGACUACGAGUCGGAGCGCACACGCAAGCUCGGCUGCUGGGACGGCGUGGCAGCCUGCACGGGCCCCAUCGACCAGUGGACGAGCAAGACGCCCACGCCGGAUUUCCAGCCCGACAUCGCGUACUGCGACUUCCUGAUCGACAUUGGCUUCGGCAAGGGCUGCUCGCAGGAGGUGCGCGACUUCUGGCGCAAGACCAUCCAGGCAAACUACCAGGGCGACGACGGGCGCCGGCGCGCACGCAUGGCGGCCAUCAAUCUGCGCGAGAGGGACGGCCUGCACGGCCGCUUGUUCGACGUCAAGUGUCCCGUCAUGUGGUUGCAUGGCACCGACGACGUGGUCUACAGCGUGGCCAACGCCGAGCAGGAGAUCAAGCUCUUCACGAACGCCCCAUCGGCAGAAUUGGUUGUGGUGCCCGGCGGCGCGCACUUUUUGUCCGCGUCGCACCCCAAGGAGGUCGAUAAUGCGCUGAUUGCGUUUGUGGGCAAGUGUGCCUGA